UGAAGAUCAGCUUCCAGGUUUAAAAGACUCCACCCGAUACUACGCUUUUCCAUCCUUGAUUCAAACAGGGUUGAUGCAACAUUGUCCGAAAGGAGAAAGAUUUUUCAUUCCACUUCCAUGACUGACCGAUUUUCAACAUUGCAUAGUUCUUUCUCUCUCUGUUACGCCUCCUAUGCCUACAUUCUGCGUACAGGUUUCGCUCAAUAUAUCGUUCGGCUUACCACGCCCCAGUGACGGCUAGAUUCUCCUUGGGAUCGUAGGAUCGUACCAGGCUAGCACACGAAGAUCAACGACCCGCCACUUAUGCUAAUCUCACACCCUUGUGACGUCUCUGGUUCGCUAAUCUGCAGGCACGCUCGAUUUGGCUAGCGAAUCGGUAUCAUAUGCUGCAUAGAGCAGGCCCAAUAAGUGCUAAAAAGAGCGAAAAAGCCAAGACUAAAAAGAAGAACCAACCACACCCUAGAGAUAAUUUAUCGUUUCAGCUACAUGCAUACUAGUGGAACCGCAAAUCAAAAUAUCAAUCUAUGCGACAAUGCAAUAGUCUCAUAUUAGUGCACGAUCGACUCAUGUCACCACUGCAGUCGGGGGCUGUUGGAUGUGGAUAUCCCAUGGUUAUAGGCAGUGUUAUGUCGGAUUGGUGACAGACAACUAUUUAUAAGGCCCACCCGCACCCGGAGGUGGCUUGUCGUAACAAAGGGGAACUCUAGCCCAUACAGGCAAUGAGUUUAUCGAAUAUGAAAAGUCCUUGUGACUUUCGAACCCACCUACAGGCUGCAUGCCACGCACGGCAGCGGCUGGAGACAAUCCUGAGGGAUGGCGGUGUAGAAGUCGACGGAGCGAGCCUUGACAUCUCUGCUAUAGUAGCGGUGGCAUAUUAUGGCUGCAUACCCAGGAUUACUACAGAUCCUGCUGUCCUAGAAAGGAUCGAGGCAAGUGUUCAAGUGCUGAGGGAUCACUUAGACAAGGGUUACCACAUCUAUGGCGUUAAUACCGGAUUUGGCGGCAGUGCCGAUUCUCGAACGGAUCGUGUAGUUGCAUUGCAAUCCGGACUCUCCCAGCUUUUACAAGCAGGCGUGCUAGUCAUCUCAGAUAAGGAUGACAUUCUGAAGGGACAUGGUCGCCUUGAUUCACACGCUGUACCUGUUCCCUGGGUGCGAGCAGCCAUGUUGGUUCGGUGCAAUUCAAACGCCCGUGGGCACUCAGCAGUUACGCUGUCAGUGAUGGAGUCCAUUUUGCAGCUUUUGGAGAACAGAAUCACUCCUGUCGUUCCUCUUCGAGGCUCUAUCUCUGCUUCUGGAGACCUCAUUCCGCUUUCAUACAUUGCUGGGGCCAUUGAAGGUAACCCUGAUGUGUAUGUCCACGUACAAAAACUUAAUAAACCCGAAAUCAUGCCUUCCCGGGAUGCACUUUUAUCUACCGGCAUGCAGCCUCAAGUGCUGGGUCCCAAGGAGGGACUGGGUCUGGUCAACGGCACUUCAUUCUCCACAGCACUGUCUAGUCUUGUGAUGUACGAGACUCACCAACUGACUGUUUUGGUUCAAGCUAUCUCAGCCGUGGCUCUGGAAGCUCUCAUGGGGAACGCUGAGAGUUUUCAUCCUUUUAUUUCUGCCAUUCGCCCUCAUGACGGUCAAAUGGAAUGCGCUAGAAACAUACUAUCUUUUCUCCAAGGGUCACAGCUCGCUCAGGGCAUCCAAAACGAGAAGACUCACACCCGCCAAGGGUUGAUGCAGGACCGAUAUGCACUUCGUUGUGUGCCUCAAUGGAUUGGACCUCAGCUGGAAGACCUCCUCCUCGCGCAUAAACAAGUCACCGUUGAACUCAAUUCCACCACGGAUAAUCCACUCAUAGAUCCCGACUCUCGUGAUAUCCUCCACGGUGGUAACUUUCAAGCAGUUUCCGUGACUUCAGCAAUGGAGAAGACGAGAACAUGUCUUCAAAUGUUUGGCAGACUUCUCUUCUCCCAGUCCACUGACUUGGUCGACCCAAGUCUUAACAACGGUCUUCCCACCAACCUCGUCGCCGAUGAUCCAAGCCUCUCUUUUACUAUGAAAGGCGUGGAUAUCAGCAUGGCUUCAUACAUGGCAGAGUUAGCUUACCUCGCCAACCCGGUAAGCUCGCACGUACAGGCAGCGGAAAUGCGCAAUCAGUCAAUCAACUCUAUGGCAUUUGUAUCCAGUCGAUAUACCAUGCAAGCAGUCGAGAUAGUGUCUCUCAUGUGCGCUUGCAGUCUAUACAUUGGCUGCCAGGCUUUGGAUCUCCGAGUACUCCACUUGACCUACUUGGAUAACAUCAAGCCUCAACUCCACCUGCUUACUUCCGAUCUUUUUUCCACAUAUCUAUCUAGCUCCGAGUUCCCCAACCUCACCGAAUCCAUUUGGGAAAGCAUCUCCAAGAGCUGGUCGACAACAACUCGCCUCAGCAUUCUAGACCGAGUUCAAGCUGCCGUCAAAAACACUAUCCCUACACUUCUAGACACCUUAAAAGAGAAGCAAGGCCCAGGUCUUUCUGACCUUACUCAAUGGGAAAUACGAGCCGAGACCAUUCUCAGCAAGACGUACCAGGACACUGCAGGUGCAUUUUUUAAGCACCAAAACACCGAAGAGUUUCUCGGCGCUGGCGCUAAGAUCCUCUACCGAACCGUUCGCCGGGGCCUCAACGUUCCUUUCCAUUUAGGCUUCGUGGAGCACCCGACAGCUGAUAAUGAUACCUUGAACGGCCGCUCUAAGAAGACCAUCGGGUCAUGGAUAUCAAUCAUCUAUGAGGCCAUUCGAGACGGCAGAUUAAUGGGUCCUUUCAUGGAGUCCCUCCUUUCUAAGACAUCUAGUGAUGAGGAUAUCUCAACUAGAACAAGGGGUUUAAGGAUGUCCCGACUCUGA